AUGGUGUUCGAGAAACCGAUCGUCGUCGACUGCCGAGGCCACUUGGUCGGCCGUCUCGCCUCACUGAUCGCCAAGGAACUUCUGCAGGGCCAGCACGUCGUGGCUGUGCGCUGCGAGCAGCUCGAGAUCUCCGGCUCGCACGUGCGCAACAAAGUCAAGUUCUUGCAGUUCUUGAACAAGCGAACGGCCACGAACCCGAAGAAGGGUCCGGUCCACUACCGGGCACCGUCUCGUAUGCUUUGGCGUACGAUCCGUGGCAUGCUGCCUCACAAGACGGCCCGUGGUGCUGCUGCUCUGCAACGCUUGAAGGUGUUUGACGGUAUCCCGUCUCCGUACGACAAGCAGAAGCGUAUGGUCAUCCCAGCUGCUCUGCGUGUGCUACGUCUGAAGGCGAACCGCCGCUACACGGUCUUGGGCAACCUCGCCUCGGAAGUUGGCUGGCGUCACGCUGAGCUGGUCAAGCGUCUCGAAGCCAAGCGCAUUGUCAAGUCGGACGCCUUUUACAAGAAGAAGGUCGCUCAGCAGAAACGUCUGGCUGAAGCCGAGGCGAAGGUCCUUACUGAGAACGCGGAGUUGAAGCCGACGCUUGCCAAGUACGGACAUGCUCUUUGA